AUGACAAAGAUCUUGAGAAAGUUGACGGAAGUGCACAAAGUUCUGUUCGGUCGAAACUGCCUGCUGGCGACUAACAUUUGUAUAUGUAUUUCUUUAACGGCCACCGGAGACGUGGUUCAACAGCAAACGAAGCUGUUGCGUGGAAUUUCGCAGCGCUACGAUACGAGGAGGACAUUUAACAUGUCCAUGUCAGCCAUUUCUUUCGGCGUUAUCUGUCACUACUGGUACUGUUGGCUGGACAAGUUCCUGCCCGGCUACAGUCUGGCAACGGUUCUGAAGAAAGUCUUUCUCGACCAGGUGUUCCUCAGCCCGUUCAUGUGGGUUACAUACUUCGCAACGCUCGGCGUCGUCGAACAAUCUGACUGGCAACGCUUUCUCUGUCGCUGCUUGACCAGCGGCAGCCAGCUGUACAAGGCCGAAUGGAUCGUCUGGCCGCCGGCGCAGAUAUUUAAUUUUUACUUCCUGUCCACGAAGUACAGGGUGUUGUAUGACAGCUUUGUUUCGUUUGGUUUCGACUGGUACUCAUCGUACUUGUUGAACGAUCAGAAUAAUGAUGAUUAA